AUGGACUUCAUCAUCUUCGUCCUGACCCUGCUCGUCCUGUACAAUUGGGAGCGCCUACAGGCAUGCUUCGCCAGAGUCUACCUGGCCUGGCAAUUCCUCUUCCGUGCGCUGAGCAUCCUGAUCGCUUGGUCAAUGCCGAUGCUGCAAUUGCUCGGCACGGCCAUGGAAGACGACGGCGAUGAAGGCGACGACAGCGCCCGCACACAUGUCUUCGAGACCGAAGCAAACACCUUCACCAGCAAGCCUACCCAUGCAACCGACCGUAGCAACGCACCGAUUCGUAGCGCACUCCCGCCGCUCACCAAGGCGGAGAUGGAAGCUCUCGAUCGUGUCUAUGGAGUGCGGGCACUACGAAGAGCAAAACAGCACGCCGCGAGGUGCAAGAGGCUUGCCGCUGAGCAAGAAGCCAUGCGCCGCGCAGCCACCUUCGAGAGCCUCUGUUGGUCGGCUCACGAGUGGGAGGUCUUCGACACCAGGAUGGCGUUGCUCUCCCAGCUGCAAGAGACGGCUUCACGUCGCGAAGAAGAAGCGCGCCAAGAGGCUGACGAUGAGAAGAAAGCCACGGCAGCUAUCGUGACUGUGCUCCACCAGGCAUGCGAAGACGAUACUGCCGCCGCUACUCCUAAAGCUUCUCCCUCAACCACACCGAUCACGCCGCCCGAAUCGCCAACAGCAGUGCCAACGGCAGCGAUCUCCUCGAGCCUCAUCACCCAAUCUCCGCCCGUUGCUGCCGCGCUGAUCACACUCCCACCAUCCCCGCCUACCACGCCAGUCUCGAGCCCACCAGCCACGCCUCUAAGCAAACGCAAGCGUUCCUCGCUGGGCGAGUACGAUUUCGAAGCCUCUCGUAUGCCCGGCAAGUGGGUCAAGACAGACUUGGGUCACGUGAAGCAGAAGGUGCUCAAUCUGUCCUUGGAGUGUAACGAUGGCGAACGGCUGUGGGUCGGUGGCGAGCUGAUGGAAUGGUCGUUCAGUCCACGAAUGAGCAGCACGUCGGGGCCUCCGUACCACCCUGCAUUGCAAGUGGACGACAGCUGCAUGGAUGUCUCGUGGGUCUGA